AUGCCAAAAAUUCAAAGCUCAUCAUAUUCUGCCAUUGAAAAGCUUAGGGUUUUGCAAUAUGCAAAAAAUCAUGAUCAAAGAGCAACUGCACGGGGAAGUCGACGCAUUUGCGCAGGAAGAAAAGCACAAUAUCUUGAAGCUAGUUUAAAUUUGUGGCUUAUAGAACUUCAAAACGAUGGUAUUGCAGUGACUUCUAAAAUGGCUAAAUUUUAUAUAAAAGAAAUUUUAAUAAUUAGAGAGUCUGCCCAAGUUUAUCCAAAUGGUAAAAAUUUUCUUGCCUCAGAACGUUGGCUUUAUGGGGAAUGGAUUUUCAUCAAACCAGAGGUGUCACCUGAAAUAAAAACAAUUUUCUUGGAAAAUGUCAAAGACAAAUUCGCGGAUGAGAGAAUUAAAAAGAAAUCGGUAGAUAAACCGAUAGAUGAAGAGGAAGUAGUGAAUUUGAUUAAGAAAUGGAUAGUAGGAGAUGAUUUGGAAGAAGAGAAAGAAGAAAACAAAGUUGAAACCUCAAAAAAAAAGAAUCUGAAGAAAGAUAAUAUUCCAACGGAUGGAGUAGUUGAAGUCAUAAAUAAAUACCGGGUGGACGAAAAAUAA